AUGCUCUCAUGCGCGACGUCCUGGUCCGCCCAGCUGCGUCUCCGCUUCUGGCGUUUGUUCUCCGAGACGUUCAAAUGCUGGGUUUGGUUAGCUCUUCGUUGUGCUUUUUCAAGAAAAGAAAUAUGGAGCGCGACCUGUUUGUACUCGUCUAGCACGCUGAAUCUCUGCGGCAGCGAGCUGCUCAGCACUGGAAAGGAGGACAUGUCGGUACGACGAAAUGGAGGAACUGAGUGGAAUCGCGAGAGGUCAGGAGUAGACAGGCUACUGUGUCAGGAAAGCUGUGUAGUAGGCUAUGGGAUUGAACGAUGGCGUAUUUGGCCUGGCACUUUUUUACAAUUCAGUCGCUGUGGUACAGUCGUUCCCGCACAACCAACCACAGCAGCUCUGGAGCAGAUGAGCACGCGGUUCCAUCCGGAGCAGUAA